AUGUCCUCAGUGGGUGCAUGUGCCGAUACAGUGAAAUACAGAUCGGCACCAUCGCAGUACACAUUCUCCAACCCGCCUCUUGACGAGCGAUGGUAUCGUAUUCCUACCGUCCGAGAAUCGACCGCAAUGGCUCGCAAAAUAUUGCACUUGACCACUAUCGGCGACCUCGUGACGACUUUUCCGGAACCCGCUCGCGGCAAUAUCGAGACAUCUGAAGUCAGACCGGCCCAGGUCGCCGGCAGCCCGAUCGGACUGAUGGAAUACUAUGCCGACUGCGACCCCAGAAGUGGCGAUCCUAUUGUCCUGGGUAUCGACAUUGCAACUCCGUAUAGGAACCAUGCAGCAGGGUCGAAUAUCAGCUUAGCUGUUCGAUGGUGGCCAAAGCAAAGAACCGCCUACUCAUUCUUCUCUACUGAUGAAGAUAUCCCGACGCCCCACACCCCUGCAGCACUGCCACGCUUCUCUUUACAUGGGACACUGCGUGCGGUCCCUGAGGAAAAGCUCGCAGACGGGAAGAUCCAGAAAUGCUUCUUGAGAGCUCACCCAGACUCGAUAUACUGGCAGCCGGGCAACGACAUCUCCCACUCGAGCCAGUAUAUGCAGUUGCAUGUUGAGCAUGUUUACUGGUUCGGCGGCUUUGGAGACAGAGCUCGGAUCGGGUGGUUGCCCAUAGAAUUGUGGAGAAACUUGACCAUGGAAGAAAUCAUUGACGCCAAACUACCUGGUGAGCAGCGUAAGAAGAGCUGGAUGAAGAGCUGGCUGUGA